GUGAACGCAUCUCUUAGACUCGGAAGUGUGUCGUCACUGACAAUAACAAACCUGCCUUAAAUAACGGCGGAGCGCAGCUGGGCGCCGUUUCAGUGGAGUUUCUACCCAGCUCGGUGUAGUCGACAACACGGCGGCGUUACAGUCAAUAAACGACCACAUGUAAGCGAACAUUUACAGACAGGAAUUCGUAGUUUCCGCGUGUUCCUCCACUCCCCCCCGGUCACAGCGUAGCUCCGUUUAACGUUAGCUAAACUGCUAAGCGUGGCGACGCGAUUACACGCGGAAUGAUGGCAGGACUGGUUCUCGUUGGCUGAAAUUAAAGAGUCGCUUCUGCUCUCCGAGGCUGACGAGGCGCGCGCACAGUCACUUCCCGUAAACGGCAGCCAUGGAGGCCAGCGCGGGCUACGUGAAUCUCGGCAGCCUGACCAGCACUCUGCCGGUGAUCCCCUACCAGAAGCUGACCGACCUGUACUACCUGAGCAGGGGGGGCUUCGGCACGGUCUUCAAGGCGCAGCACUCCGACUGGAGGACCACCGUGGCCAUCAAGUGCCUGAAGCUCGACUCUGUCGGAGAAAGAGAGAGGAAGUGUCUGCUCAAGGAGGCGGAGGUGCUUCACAAAGCCCGCUUCAACUACAUCAUCCAGAUCUUUGGGAUCUGCAACGAGCCCGAGUUCUUCUGCAUCAUCACCGAGUUCAUGAGCAACGGCUCUCUGGACCUGCUUCUUCAUGAGAAAGACAUAUAUCCAGUUCUUGGCUGGCCCCUCCGUCUGAGAAUCCUGUACGAGAUCGCCCUAGGGGUCAACUUCCUCCACAACAUGACCCCACCCCUCCUGCACCACGACCUAAAGACGCAGAACAUACUUUUGGAUGGAGAGUUUCACGUUAAGAUCGCUGACUUUGGUUUGUCGAAGUGGCGUCAGCUGUCUGUCAGUAAAGGCUCGGGCUCCAAGCCGGCAGAGAUGGAAGGGACUGUGAUCUACAUGCCCCCUGAAGAGUACGAACCAUCGAAGCACCGCAGGGCUGACGUCAAGCACGACAUGUACAGCUAUGCCAUCAUUAUGUGGGAAGUCUUAUCCAGACAGAUUCCUUUUGAAGAGGUGACCAAUCCCAUGCAGAUCAUGUUCAGCGUGCUGCGGGGGAAGCGGCCUGACAUCAGUCAGGACAGUUUGUCUGCUGACAUCCCCAGCAGAGAGACGCUAGUCAGUCUGAUGACCAGCGGCUGGACGGCUAACCCAGACGAGCGGCCCUCCUUUCUCAAGUGUUUAAUCGAGCUGGAGCCCAUGGUGAGGAGGUUGGAGGAGAUCGAGCUGCUGGAGGCGGUGCUGGAGAUCAAGAAGUCAAAGAUGAGACAUCAGUCACCUUGUUGUUCAGCCCAGCCUGUGUGUGAGAAGAACCAGGAAACGUCCCUGACUGGACAGAUGGAGCUGCUGGGCCCGUGGCCCAGGUGUUCCACACCUGGAUCCAGCUCGGGCUCCUGCUGCGCACUCGAACCAGAAAUAUCUCUGCCAGGUGUCCUCACCGUCAGACAUAACGACAGCAGUUUCCUAGCGCCUCAAGAUCUUCCACCCUCAUUCAUAGCUCCAAGUCUAGAGCCUCCCAAGUCUUUGAUGGAUCCGUGUUGCCUUGACAACAACCUGAACAGCCCCCUGAGCGUCAAACAGAAAAAAGACCUUAACAUACCUGUCAAGCCCGCCCUGCCUACCACGGAGUUUGAGACACACAUUGACAACAUAUCACCCAGUCCUAAAUCUCAAAUGCAAGCUGAUUGCUCUCCUCCACUGCCACACUCCCCCCCGCCGUCACAAGGCCCCAUCGCCAGCUGGAUCGCGAUGCGGCGCGAGCAGAUCGUCUCCCAGAUGACGGAGGCCUGUCUCAACCAAAGCCUGGACGCCCUGCUGGCUCGCUCCAUGCUGAUGCGCGAGGACUACGAGCUGGUGGUCAACCAGCCCACGCGCACCGCCAAAGUCCGCCAGCUGCUGGACAACUGCCACAAACACAACGAGGACUUCUGCCGCAUCGUCGUCCGCAAGCUGUUCGACAACAAGCAGAUGGGCCUGAACCCGUACCCUACGGACAUCAGCUGCCCCACCUCUGCAGCUGCAAUGCCCAGCGCGCCGCCUCUGUCCAUCUCCUGCAAUAUCCCCAGAAACUUUUAGCGGAGGUGGCGACGAUCAGAGGACGAGUGACGCACCCCGUCUGACCCUUCCUGGUUCUGUUGUCGUUAGCAAUAAAAGUAACAAUCAAAAGAAUGACCUGAAGUAGUUAUGGAUUUUGAUGCUAUGUAUUUAUACUUUCUUCCAUUUUUUUUCCUUGUGUUUUCUCUUAUUAAUGCCAGUCUUCUAAGGAUGUGUUGGUGUGCAUCUCCUCAUUUGCCUAAAGGAAGCACCACUGUUAGUUUGCUGGCAAACCUGCAGUAAAGACCCCCCCAAAAAAACAGGGAAAUUAGCAGAUCCUUAAAAUUCAUAUUGUUAUGAUCACAGGGACCUCCAGGGUAUGAGAAUAUGCUCUUUAUUAUGACGUAGCCUCUCAGUAUUUCUGCUCCUGAUCACAUUUUGAGACUCAACUCAGCCGGAUACUUGAGAGCUCUUUUUCUUCCAGAACCUUGUCCUUCUUCAUCUGCUCAAUUUUCCAGAGUUGCCUAAAUCUACUUUUCUUGUAGCAAACUUUACUGGAAUUCUAAUCCAAUCGUCUUCAAGUUUUGUUUUCCAUUAUACCAGGAGCAGACCCCUUUUUAAUGAAGCUUACAAUUAAGAGGAACAGUUCUUUAAAUCUCUUUUACAAGAGCGUAGCACCAAUAUCUGUACACGCAAUACAGUUUUUGUGUUUCAUUUUUAGAUGUAGCAAAGGAAAUGGUUUACUGGCAGAAAUAUUUUUUAAAAAGCAUUAGGAGAAGAGGUUUCUUCAAAUGGAUUGAGUUUAUUUUAUUCAUGGGUUAGCAAAGCAGCACGGUUAACGGUUUCAUGGAGGGCCCUACCGGUGUCUUCAUUGCCUUUGCUUCCUGAAAAAGGUGCUUCAAUUCCCAAACAGUAGCUUUGGUUGCCUUUUACCAACAUGUUCAAAUGUGGAAUAGCGAUUAAUAAAGUUCACACUCUUACAAAACAUCAGGUUUUUAGCCAAGGGGGGCCAUCCGUAGUCACUGAAUAGACAACAGAAAUGAGGCUUAGUGCUUCCGAGUGUUGUAAACUCUGUGCCUCAUUCGGCGUGUGACGGCCUUUGUAUCUUGUAUUAAUAUUUUGUACUGUACCUACAUUGUUUUUGUUUGUUUUUAUGUACAUCUUUAUCUAUAUGUGGUAGUUAAACACCUAAGAUGUAUGUUGAGGUAGAGUUGCAUUUUCUAGUGCGACGUCCUUUUUCAAAUAUGCUGUCAUGCCUUCCAUUAAAUGGGAAUCAAUCACUUUGUAA